AUGGGCCCAUUGGAGCCGCGCUACCGUCCAGCCGGCGCCCCUGAGGACACAACUAAGAGAAGGGCCUCCAAAAGCAAAAGUUUCAAAGAUGUCGAAGAUUAUGAAGUUCUUGUCCUUGAAAAGAGCUGUGGUUGCAAGUUCAAAUCUUUGAGGAUCUUGAUCGUAGCUAUCAUUUCUGCGACAGUUCUUACCCUUGUGACUCCAACCUUAUACGAGCACCAAUUGCAGUCAGCCUCCCGGUAUGUGGAUGUCGGUUGGAUGUGGGACAAAACAAGUUCUGAUCCACGAUAUGUAUCUUCUGUUGAUGUUCGGUGGGAGGAUGUAUAUAAAGCACUGGGAAAUCUAAGAAGCGGUAAUCAAAAUCUCAAAGUUGGACUCUUGAAUUUUAAUAGCACUGAGUAUGGCUCUUGGACACAAUUGCUCUCAGACAGCCAUGUUUCCAUUAUAAGACUUGAGCAUGCCAAGGACAGCAUUACUUGGCAAACACUGUAUCCUGAAUGGAUCGAUGAGGAGGAAGAAACAGAGAUACCCUCUUGCCCAUCACUUCCAGAACCUAAUGUACGAAGAGGUGUACGCUUUGAUGUCAUUGCUGUAAAGCUUCCUUGUACCCGUGUGGCAGGUUGGUCAAGAGAUGUUGCACGGCUUCAUUUGCAGCUCUCAGCAGCAAAAUUGGCUGUGACAUCCUCAAAGCGCAACCACAAGGUCCAUGUUCUUUUUGUAACUGACUGCUUUCCAAUCCCGAAUCUCUUCCCUUGCAAGAACCUUGUGAGACAUGAAGGCAAUGCUUGGUUAUAUAGUCCUGACUCGAAAGCAUUAAGGGAAAAGCUCAGGCUUCCAGUCGGAUCCUGUGAGCUUGCUGUUCCACUCAAAGCAAAAUCGAGACUUUUCUCAGUAGAUCGACGAAGAGAAGCAUAUGCAACAAUACUGCAUUCAGCGAGUGAAUACGUCUGCGGUGCUAUUACAGCAGCUCAAAGCAUUCGCCAAGCAGGAUCAACCAGGGACCUAGUCAUCCUUGUUGAUGAGACCAUAAGCGAUCACCACCGGAGAGGCUUGGAAGCUGCAGGGUGGAAGGUCAGAAUAAUCCAAAGAAUCAGGAACCCAAAAGCGGAGCGUGAUGCAUACAACGAGUGGAACUACAGCAAGUUCAGGCUGUGGCAGCUGACUGACUAUGACAAGAUCAUCUUCAUAGAUGCUGACCUCCUCAUCCUGAGGAAUGUUGACUUCCUGUUCGCCAUGCCAGAGAUCACUGCAACUGGCAACAACGCAACACUCUUCAACUCUGGUGUCAUGGGAUACCUGAAUGAGAUAUUCACGUGGUGGCACCGCAUCCCGAAGCACAUGAACUUUCUGAAGCACUUCUGGGAGGGCGACAGCCAGGCCAUGAAGGCGAAGAAGACUCAGCUGUUUGGCGCAGACCCACCAAUCCUCUAUGUUCUCCACUACCUUGGCCUGAAGCCAUGGCUGUGCUUCAAAGACUAUGACUGCAACUGGAACAACGCUGGAAUGCGCGAAUUUGCGAGCGAUGUUGCACAUGCCCGGUGGUGGAAGGUGCAUGACAAGAUGCCCAGGAAGCUCCAGUCCUACUGUCUGCUGAGGUCACGGCAGAAGGCCAGCCUGGAGUGGGACGGAGGCAGGCCGAGAAGGCCAAUUCUGAAGAUGGCCAUUGGCGCCGCAACAUCACGGACACCAGGCUGA